AUGGAUGAAGAAUUGGAAGCAAUUUUUACAGACGAAAUAGACGAGGAGUUCAAGAGGAAUUUGUCGAAAUUGGAACAGUCUGGCACCACUCAGACACAAGAUGUAUUCUUCUCAAAUCGCUUCGAUGUUGUGGUUCCCGAAGAUGCGGAACAGAAGACAAAUCGUUGCUUGGCUUGCCUAAAAGGUUCGUGCAUCAGUGCCAUUUUAGCUCUACAUACCAAGGCAAGCCUGCUUAAAGUCAAGAGCAGACGUAAAACGGGUGUUAAUGUUUUAGGCAUUUGGGCCACGCGCAACAAGGAAAUAAAGGAAGAUAAGGAAACAAUCAUUAGAACUACCGUGCGAGACAUACUGAUAUAUGCCGGAUUUAUAACCGUCAUACUAAUAAGUCUUGCAGAAUGA